AACGCAACAUACUUCGUCACACGACGCAAAAUGGCUCGCUGAUUUGGACUUUCUGUUUCUCUUUUUUCACAACAACUUCCUCUCAGUGAACACGAAUUUAUUGGCCUUCCAAGCGAGUCUCUGUCCAUUGCGGUUUUUUGAAAGGCGUAGAUUAGAGGGGGGAAAAAUAGUUUUGAUUAAAGGCAGAGGGUUUUGUGACUUGACUCGCACCACUAAGCUCUUCCUGGUAUCACAUACUUUUUUUUUCUUUUAUGAAAUGUACACUGACAUUUUAAAGUCACGUUAUAAGUGGAUUUAAAAAAAAACGUGGAGUUUGGCAUUCAGAGUUAUAGCAGAAUUCUGCAAACUUCAUACAAUGUCGUUUCAAACAAAGAAUGUCAGAAGAAAUGUAGAUUUUCAAGGGAAAAAAGGUCUGAUUGAGUGACACGCAGGAAAAAGUUCUGUAAAAUGGAAAAUGAGGAAAACUGUUCUGUACCGUCCACAGAUCUUUUUGAAAGAAUAUCCCCAGGGUCAAGUGGCUAUUUAGAGAACAUCCUUCCUGUACUGCACAAUUCUUACAUGAACCCAGAGUCUGCAAAAUGUUUCAGCUAUAACCAUGCUUAUCUAGUAAAAAAUGAUGUUCUUCUGGAAAAGUUCAAUUUCAGUUAUGUAGAAAAGAAGAAAAAAGGCUACAAGCCUGAAGAGCUUGAAGAGUCAUUCGGCUUCGUUCUGUGUGAGCAGGAAAACCAGGCAAAAAAGCUCUGUGAAACUGGUUUGAAAGUUGGAAAUAGUUCAUGCUCUACACUAGGAGAUCCUACAAAGGGUGUUUAUAUUUCUAAAUAUUCUGACUGCCUAGAUCUCAAGCCGUGGCACAAUGGGAAAUCUGGCUGCAUUGUUAUUUUCAGACUUAUUAAGGGUAGAGUAAAAGCAGUGACAGAAAACUACACUGCUAAUUUUCCCAAACCAUCUGUUGGUUAUGAUUGCCAUGUCUCUGAAAAUAUUGGGACAAUCUCUUCAACAAGUAGUUCUUUUCAAGCCUAUGAAAGCACACAGUAUUAUAUGUAUGAGUUACAGAACGGUGCUGCCGUCUCUUGCCCCAGACACAUUUGUCCGUUUGCCAUUGUAGGCUUUCUAUACAGUGAAUCAAAAUCCUCUAUGUCAGUGUUGAAAAAUGGAAAAAAUGCUACUCAAGACAAAACAGCUUGGCACUACUGUACUUGGAGAGGCCAGAUCAGGAUCAAAGACCACUCCCCAGUGUAUGAUGUAGCUCUCAAGUCAUAUACUGGUGCAGUAAUCCCAUCCAAGCUACCAGAGAAACUAAAAAUUGACAGUGUUAUGAAAGUUUGUGAUUUGAAGAAAGCAUUACCAGAGGCGGUCUUUAAAAGAGAAAGUUACUGUACAAGUGAAGUUUGCUUGGAUGGAGUGUACUGCAGUUUGUAUGAGGUGGUAAAUUCUGCUGAGGAGGAGGGCCAUCUUCAUUUGCUAAAAGAAGAACUAAAAGAAAAAGACUUGGCACUUGCUCAACAAUUACAUGAUCACGGACUACUUCUGUUUUUAGCUUCAUCGUCUUUUGAGUUGGAUGAAGAAAAUACAUGUGAGAAAGAUAAUGCACUACAGGCUUUGUUUGUAUUUCCAAACUCAAGAACAGUUACAAAAGCUAUGAAGGCUCCUUAUUUUGUACGAAAAUCUGAGGAUCUGAUUUCUCGUGAUGUAAUGCGGAUUUUGCCUGCCCUUAAUUACGCAGAAAUGAAAGCUGAAAAAUUCCAAACCGAACAGAAAACUCCUCCUUGUGAGUUGGUGGAGCAACACUUGCAUAACUAUGCAACUUUAACUCGGCCAGGGAUCACAGACUCAAGUCCCGUUAGAGAGCUGUUUCCAUUGGCUGAGCAAUAUGAUGUGUCCAGAGUGGAUAAACAUCUCUACAGAACUGCAAAAUGCCCUAAAUCGGCAGUUGCAAACCUGAAGUCCUAUUUCAGUGGAUCAGACACUUACGUGGUACCAGUAUCAAAAGCUUUAGAGUUGCUGGCUAUAUAUCAGAAUGAAGCAUGUGAAGAUGCAGAUGAUGACUGUGAAAUUAUCUGCUAUUCUCCUGUGUCUUCACCAGAGGCAGAACAGCAUAUGUGCUGGAAUGAAGGUGACCUUGAUGAGCAAAUAAGAACUUUAGAAAAUGGAAAUGCAUCCUUCCAUGAGCAUGAUAUUCACAAGGAAGGCACUGGCUUAGAAAUGGCAAUUCAGGAGGCCCAGGGAGGAGAUAUUGAAACAAUGGAGAUAACAGGGUCUCAAGGCACAGAUCAACAAGAUGCUUUGUCCAAUAAUAACAGAUCCAAAAAAAUUAAAACAAGAAGCAAUAAAAUGCCUUUAGGCAACAUCAAAGAAAGUCGUGGAAGAAGAAAAAAGCCUGUAUUACCUGUUGGUCCUAAAACAGAAGAACCUAGUAAAAAUUGUAACAGAAAUGACAUUGAAAUGGGAACGAAACCUUUGGGUUCAGUGGAUCAGCAAGAUGCAGACAAAAAAGAAUGCUCCAGUAAAAGAUUAGCAAAAACCAGUGGUGUAAAAGGAAAGAAGCUAUUAGAUUCUGAAAAUCAGAUUCCGCCAAAAGAGGCAACCACUGGAGAUGAGCUACAUCCACCAAAAAGAAAAAUUAAAGGGGAGAGUUAUCGGUAUGGAUUAAAAAAUAUUAUAACAGAUUGUGGUAGAGUUUUUGUUCCACAUGGUUCAAAGGUGUUGCAUACAGAUCGUAUACCAACUGAACAAACCACUGGAGCUGAGGGUGUAUGUAAAACUAAUUUGUGCAAAGAAGACAGUCUAGCUAGUGGAGCAGAUUCAGAAUUGACACAAUCAGUGACAGAAAGGUUCCACAAUGCAGUAGACAGAAUAGCUCCAAGUGAAGCUGAAAUACAAAGAGAGAGUGAACAACCCAGGGAUACACAGGUCAAAGAAAAUGAGUUAGUGGAUGCUCUAAAGAAACUGCCGCCUUGUAAAACAGGUGCAGGUAGAGGUGUGGACAGUGUAAAGAAACAAAAACCACUGGCUCAGAUGGUUGCUUUGAUUGAUGGUUGCUUUGAAGAGACACCCACUACAGGUAAGCCAAGUUCACCGAAAAGGAAAAAACAAACAGGAGAAAACUGUGAGUUAGAAAAUGUUGUUGUCAACUGUGGAAAAUCGGUCAGACCACAAAGUGUGCAGGCAUUGAUUACUCACUCUAAAUUGCCAGAGCCUACCAUUGGGUCAGAGGAGAGGCCUAAAACCAAAAAAUACCAAAGAAAAAGGUCAGCUGGAGGAGCGGAUUCCUCCAAAUCGACCAAAACUAUGGAAGAAACCAAGAACAGCAGCAGAAGGGGAAAGAAGCCAUUGUCCCCUGCAGAUCAGGUUUCUGUGAUUGAUCCAAUUGAGAAUAACAUUGUAGAUGGACUCAGUCCUCUGUCAAGUAUCCAGCAGCCUAAAAAACAAGUAACGAAACGAAGAGUUGUAAAAGAAAGAGUGAAUUUUCAGACCAGGAUAGCUGAAUACAUGAAAGAAAAUGGAUGGUUGAAUUUUGAAACGUCAGAUUCUUCAGAGAAUCAAAAUACACAAACUAGUCCAUCAGAGAAACCCAUGCUUGAUUUUGAAAGAAAUACAAGGCUUAGUCAGCCCUCGGAUGCACUUAACUUACUGGCUGAUUUGGCUCUUGGCUCAAGUACCUCAGGAACUACUCAUGCAGUGCAAUCAAAAGAGACAUCAUAUGUUUCUGAAAACAUGAAUACAAGUGCCUGUCAAGAAAAUGUUUCAAUGACAGACAAGCAUGUACAAAGCCACACAGUGCUAGUUUGUGAAGCAGAGCUUGGCCCUACAAGUUUGGAUAAUUGUGAAACUUUGCGGCAAGCUUUGUUGAGCAGUAAUAUACAUCUGAACCUCCCAAGAACUGAAUUUCCUCAAGGACUUCCAGUUACUGAAGAGCUGAUUCUUGGUGUGAUAGUUAAAGAGCAUUCCUAUUCACAACCUUCAUCGGUGCUGAUGGAUUUAACAGAUCAGCCACCUUUGGUCUCCACAAAUAGUGCUGGAUCUUCUAAAGCUGAAUCGGAAAAUGUGAAUGAAGUUGCCUUAGUUGGAAGAGUUGCACCUUUCAUACAUCAGCAGCAACCCUUUUAUGACUGUCAGAAAUCCAAAAAAGAUCCGUCCUUUUCUCAAAAUAUGCAGGAAUCAAGUUGUGUAAAAGCAGGCCUGUCGCGGGUUGUUUUUGAAGUGAAUGGAAUUCUUAAGGUGACAAGAGAGUGGAAAGAGAAUUACGAGUUUGCAUUGGAUAGCAAAUACAGCAACGAUCCUCUGGAUAAAUGUGUGACUCGGGCCCUGCAUGGACCAUGGAACUUCAAUAUCGAGGAAACAUUUGAGCAAGUGCACCUUAUCCUUCAUAUGUGGAUUGGUCUUUUUUACAGCAAGUCUACUUUGAGGUUCUUUCAGACAGAUACAGUUCAGAGCAAUGAUCAGAAAUGUAUAUUCCAGAUCUCUCCUCCUAAAAGUGUAACUCAGAGAGCACCCCUAGCCAGAAGUUGUGACUCUCAAAUUAAACCCCAGAGUCUUCAGGUGACACCUGUUAUUCAGAAAGCUGUAAAAGAACCAGAUAUGAAGGCACUGGAUCAAGGGGAACAAAGUAAUGAAGCAUUAGAUCUUGCUGAGACCAAUUACGAAGCACUGGAUCUUACUGUUCCAAAAAACACAAAGAACAUGAUUCCUCACUCUACCAGUGAACAGGUGCCUUCUGAAGCUCCAGAGGAAAGCUGGGUCCGUAAUUACUCAGACGGCCAAAAUGAAGAUGUGAAUUAUACACAAUUGCAUGAUACAAACACCACCAAAGCAUGGAGUACUGCUGGCGAAUAUUCAAACAAGGAUUGCAGAGCCAAUGCGGAGCUUCAUAAAGAAACAGAGGAGGAAGACGAGGAUGAAGAUGGUAACACAGGUGUAUCUUAUAUGUACCCGAGCAGAUUCUUGGAUACUGAUAAGGAGUACGUUGAGUUAUGUAACAAAGCAACAAAUUUGUGUAUUACUAAGGGGAAACCCUACAAUGGAGCACAGAGGUCACUAAUCGAUGACUGGAUGAAGAGAAUUGCCUUAGUGGCUGUUCCAGUUAAUGAAAGAACUACAAAGAGAACCUGUAUACAAGCUCAGAAACUAGUUCACAUAUAUACUGCAGAUCCAGAGGGCAAAGAAAAAAAGAUGUGCAAAAAAGAUGAGAAGUCUUGUAAUUUAAUUGCAGCACUAAGGACUGAAAAAGAUAAUACCAUCUCACAACCCAUGGAAACUAUAACAAAUUCUGGUGGUACAGUGGCUGUUACGCACAGCGACAAUGGAGAAGAUAUCAAUAUCCAAAGCUCAAAGAUGAAAGAAUUAUUGGAUAGGAAUGAGAAUCAAAAGGUUGAGUGUUUGUCAGUCCCUGGAGUGAGUGAAAACUUUUUGCCAAAUGAGUCUGUGGUGGAACAAAAAAUGCACAGGGAAAAUGAGAGUUCUUGUAAUUCAACUGCAGCACCAAGGACUGAAAAAGAGAACACCAUCUCAGAACCCACAGAAACUGUUGAAAAUUCUGGUGAGGCAGUGGCUGCUAUGCACUGCGACAAUGGAGAAGCUGUCAGUAUGCAAAGCCCAAUGAUGGAACAAUUAUUGGAGCGGAUUGAGAAUCAAAGGGAAGCAAUAUUGUCAGACACUGAAGUCAAGGACAGCCUUUCUUCUGAUGAGUCUGUGAUGGAACAAAACAUGUGCAGAGAAAAGGAGAGUUCUUGGAGUUUAACUGAAGCACCAAGGAGCGGAAAAGAUGACAUCAUCUCAGAACCCUCAGAAAUUGUUGGAAGUUUUGAUGUGGCAGUCGCUGUUAUGCACAGAGAACACGGAGGAGAUAUCAAUAACCAAAGCUCGCAGAUGGAUGAGUUUCUGGAUGGCAGUGAGAAUCAAAGGGAAGAAAUGUUGUCUCACCCUGACGUAUACGAAGAUAUUUCGUCAGAUGAGUCUGUGGUGGCACAAAAAAUAUGGAGAGAAAAUGAAAGUUCAUGGAUUAUAGUGGCAGUACCAAGGAGAGAAAAAGAAUACACCAUCUCAGAACCCAUAGAAACUAUAACAAAUUCUGUUGGGACAGUGGCUGUUGAGCACAGCGACAAUGGAGAAGAUACCAAUAUCCAAAGCCCAAAGACAAAUGAAUUACGGGAUAGGAAUGAGAAUCAAAAGGACAAAUGUUUGUCAGUCCCUGAAGUCAACAAAAACCUUUCUCCAGGUGAGUCUGUGGUGGAACAAAAAAUUCACAGGGAAAAUGAGAGUUCUUGGAUUUUAACUAAAGCACCAAGGAGCGAAAAAGAUGACAUCAUCUCAGAACCUGUUACAGAUUCUGGUAGGACAUUGGAUGUGCUACACAGUGAACCUGUCAGCCACUUCAGAAAGGAAGAUCUUUGUAGUGACUCUGAAGAAGCAAGCAGUAUUGUCUGCAGUACAGUUUUCGACCAGAAUCGAGCAUUCAGAAAGACUCAAACUGAACUUGUUGGAAAUGUAGAAGAAAAUGAAGGCGGUAUAAAGGUACAUAUCUCAAACAGAAGGAAGCAACACACUAGUAGAACAUAUUUACAAAAUAUGAUGAAUGUGGAUAGUCUGUCCACUUCUUCUGUUGUUCAUAUUACUGAUUGUUGGGGCAGCCAAAAAACAUAUGCAAACUUCUCAAUAGUUAAACCUAGAGAUAAUGCAUGUGCUAGAACUGUUCAAAAUAUGCAGAAGGAGAAUAGGCAACUUCAAGGAUUUAACUUCUUAAAAGCAUGGGAAGAAAUGCAUUACACUGAACCUGAUCUUACUCAGAAUACCUUAGACCGGGAAUACUUGUGUUUUUCUGAUAAACUGAAUCAAAUCACCAAAAUGAAUAAGCACACUGAUCUUUCAAAAGCAUCACAUGUAAAUGGUAGAGCAGUUAGUCCAUUAACCAUAACUUUUUCAGAUUUUGAUGUGGUAUCGGAUGACUCACUUCAGACCACUUAUUUACCCUUGAGAAAUCACCAAAUAACGGUGGAUAUGCCUCAAAGAACCGCAAUACAAGAAGCUAAUAAAAUUAACAAAUUUGGUAACAAAGUGACACUUCCGCAUCUUAAGAAACUAACCUUUGUCAAGGAUAUGAGAGGACAACAGUGUGAGAUCUCAGACGUCACAACAAAAUGUUAUCAAUCACAUAUGUCAUCAAUGAAUAAUGUUUGCUCUGGAAAGCGAAAAGAACUGGAUUUGGGUACUACCAGUACAGACAGUCGUAACAGAACUAAGGACUUUCUGCAGUCUAGCACAAGGAAGCCUCUGCCAUUUCAGAAAGUCAUAGAUCAUUCAUGUACUGGCCUCCACCAAAACCUGAAUGCUGUAGUAAAGGGGGCAUUUAAAACCAAGUUCAAGUUUUACAUCAUUGAAACAAAGACUGAUGAAUUCUUUGAGAACGUAAAGAAAAUUCUUAAGAAAGAAGGCCAUGCAGAAGUACAACUGUCGUACUUUGAUCAGCCAGAUGAGUGUCCAUCGGGCCCCCUGAUCAUUAUCAUCAGGAAUGAAGAUAUCUGUACACAUGUGCACAGAAUUCCGCACUUGGUGGAUCUGAAGAAGGUGCCAAGUGUUUUGUUUGCUGGUAUUGACAGCAUUGAUGAUGUCCUCAGUUUCAACUACCAGGAGCUUUUCAACAGAGGAGGAUUUGUUGUCUGUGAUGGUGCUGUACUGGAAGGUCUAGAACUAGAGCAUUUGAAAGAAAUAGCCAGUGUACUGGAAGAGCUAAACCAGCAGGGAAGGUGGAAGUGGUGGCUGCACUACAAGGAUAGCAAAAUGCUCAAGGAAAAUGGAAGAACAGUUUCUCCAGGCCAUGCCAAGAAGUUCUUCAUGAAUUGCUGCCAGGAAGCAGGCAUUAUGGAAGUUCUUCCAUACCAUGAAUGUGACCUAAUUUCCCAAGGGAAGCCAGAAUAUUUGAACUGCAUGCUGCGUCUACAAGUUCAGCACAUCACGGCCAGGUUUGCUGUCUUCAUAACGGAUGAGGCAGAUGAAGCAUAUGGAAACAAUGGUUUGUUAGCCAUGGACAUAAACACAUUUUUAACACAUUUCAGAACAUUGAAAUACUAAUGACAAAACAUUCAAGACUUCUUUGAACAUGAGGUACAUUCCAGGAACCUUUUUAAGCAAAUUGUUGUAAUUUCCAACCAAUCUCCCCCUGUGCAAAGUUAUGAGUUAAAGAUUAGUGUACUGGAUUUCCUGGCUUUAGCAGGGUGACCUUAUUUUAAUAUUGCCAUAACUAGCUGUGGAAGCUUUCACUGCUGUGUUAAAGGAAGCUUCGGGUUGGUUUAUGACCAGAAAAAGGUGUUGAGCUGGAAUAGGCAGUUUCACUGCAGGAGAAUUGUAAGACAACUUAAAAGUGAACCUAUGCAAAGAGAGGUAUCUUUUAACCUUGUUGUACCAGAUGUACUUUUUUCGAUUAAAAAGACAUGCAUUGUCAUGAUAGCAGUAUGGAAAUGUAGACCAAAACAAUGCGUUGUCAUGAUAGUAGUAUGUAAAUGUAAAAGAAAAACAAGAAAAUGUAAGGGUCACUAAGUGCAGUAAGAUGGGGUCAGGUGAUCCAGUAGGGAGAGGUGCCCCAUCUUAUUGCAUGAGUUCCCUGCAUCAGUAACAUGACCAGUACAGCAGGUGAUCUACUUGCAGUGAGUAGUUCUACUGUACAGUCCUAGGCUAAAAUAACACUACUUUAAAUAUGUAUUAUAUAUUAUUUUUCAUAAGGAAGAAAAAGAAAAACACUAAAUCCCUAUAAGCUCAGACAAGUUUAACUUUAUCUUGUAAAAUAUUUUGUAGAUUUUUUUAAAAAAAUUUUAUGUGUUAUAUGUAUCUGUGGUACUAUUUGUUUAAGGUCCUAUGUAUACUGCAUUGUUUAAGUUUUUAUAAGGCUCCAUGUAGAUAUUAUAUUUAAUGAUGUUUACACCUAUGUUUUUGAAGUUUUAUUUGGUUUGUAAUGGUUAUAAAAGAUAUUGUACAUUUAAAAAAAAAGCACAGCCAUUUAAUUUUUGUAACUUUUUUUUUUAAAUGGCAUCUCACAUUCUUUUAGUACCGAGUUAGGCUGGCUGUUUUUCAGAAUCCCCCAAAAUACCUGGUAAUAAGCAAAACACAUGAUUUAUCUUGGCUUCACAAAAGUGCCUUUGCAUACAUAUUGUUGUUUUUUAAAAAAAAAAAAAAAAAAAAAAUCUCCUUUUCCACUAUUUACUUAACCAAGAUUUCUUCUCCACGGGCCCAUUAUGUUUGCUAUGACAAGACCCUCCAGAGGCAGGGAAACAUUUACUUUACUUUUGACAAAGAACAUCUUCAUGGUUCCAAUUAACACUUGAUUUAUAACAAUAAAUCAAUAACAAUUUGAGAAAUGUUUGUUUUAUAUAAUUGCACAAGUCUUAUUAACUAAAUAGCUUCAGAAUACCAUUAUCUUGUGUCCAAAGCUUCAUUUUACAAUUUGUAUAUAAUUUAAAUAUUUUUUAUAUUCCUGUAAUUCAGUGUUCCAAUAUUAAACAGUGCCAUUGUUAAUAAAAAAUAUCUGAUUGCAAUCACUGUCUAACUGGAGUUUUUUUUUUUUUAAUUGUAUUACUAUAACCAAGUAUACAAACCAUUGUUUACUGUACCAAUGAUACAGAUGCAGUGCAAAAGGGUUUGUUUUUAAAAACAUUUUUUAAGUCAGUUUACUUACUAUAAAUUGCUCUUGUGAUUUAUGCUAGAUAAAAUGAUAAUUUAACAUGCUUUUCAAAUCAAAUUGUUCUUUCUAAUUGUACAUAGUGACAAAUUGGGGAAAUGAUGUAGUGUUUAGACAGUAACUUGCAUUUGGUUUUAUCAGUGGGAUGCAUGUAAGUGUGUAUGUUGUAAUCUGUUAUUUUAAAUCAUAAGUGCUAGAUGAAAGCAUCUACAAUACAAAGAGAAACAUGUGGUACACCAUCCAUACUAAUCUUUUUGAAUGGGAAAGAACUUCACAAACAAACCCAUGCCGUUCCAGGUUCUUCCAGCAGUAAUGCAAUUUUUAAAAGUCAAUAGCGAGAGAAAGGUAGUGAUCACACAGUAUGGAGCAGUGCUAUGUUCUUUAAACAAUACCACCUGCAACUCAGAACUUUUUUGAUUGGAAGUCUUUAGCUUGCAGGGACUUGUAUAACCACAGAUAAAUCAUGCACUUCAGUGUGUUUUAAAUGUUGUAUGUUUUAGAAAUUCAAAGUGAACUGCAUGGCCCUUCUUUUAAAUUAUACAAUAUAAGGCUUCACAUGGGACAGCACAUCUGUGCCUAAUGUACCCAACCUUUGGGGAAAGAAAUGUAGAAUGUUUUGUUCUGGCAGCCAUUAAUUGCAUGUGCACAUGCUAUAGCUUGCAUUCUUAGUACACACAAUACUUUUUUUUCAGCCAUGUGUGACCAAAAAAGUUGGGCAAACUCAUGUAACCUAGGGCAUACAGAUCCACUUCAGCAAGCUUUUACUAAAGUUUUUUCCACAAAUGCAGUCUUUGUUCUUCACAUGCUGCUUCCAUCCACUAAACUCCUGGACAGACUGGGCUGUCUAUCCCACUCUUUAGUGUAGAAAGGUGCAUGUAUUUAAUACAGAUUAGUGUGUUUUUUGUUUUUUUAAAGGCAGUAUCAGACCCUUUACCAUUUACAAUAUUUGCUUCACAUCCUGCUCUAAUCCUUCCUUCUAUCCAAGCAUCAAGGUAAACUAAGACAGAUAACAGGAUUUUUUAAAUUAAAUUAUCUAGAAAGAUAUUAUUAGGGCACAAGAAUGUGUCAGGGUUAUUUUUCAAUGGAAACCUCAUAAUUAUCAAGAAAAUAUAUUAUAACAUUUAUGUUGCCCCCCCAUCACACACAAUUUUCUUGUGGUAUUUAAUUAUUGUUCAUUAUGCUGUUCUACAUUACUUCCAUGUAUCUCUAUUACUCUUCAGAUAAGUAGAAUAGUCAUGACAUGACAGAAUUCUGUCCCAAGCAUACAACAAAAAAAUACUUUCAUUGUGUUAUCACUUGUUGAUAACACAUUUAUAAGCAAGUAAAGUA